AUGUCCAUCUUCAAGGAGCUGCUGGACCCCCAGCGCAGGCGCUCACGGACUUUGCGGAACCCCGUGGAGCUGAGCGAUUUCGAAGCAGCAGAGACGGUGCCACCGCAGCGGCAGCUGGCGUCGCUUCUGCGGGACGUGGCAGGCAAGAUGACGGAGCAUUUAGGGCAGGUGGCAAUGGCCCAGCGUCAGUUGAUGCAUGGACUUCAAGAAUAUUUGGGCUUGGACGUCAGUGGAGUGGAUGUUGCUGCGAUGGCCUUGGUGCAAGAAUGUGCCAGUGCAGUCGAGAAAUACGAGAGCAUCUUGAAAGAAGCAGGCUAA